AUGGCGCCCAAGUUCGACCCCAACGAGGUGAUCGAGGUGUUCGUGCGCGUCACCGGAGGCGAGGUGGGCGCGGCGUCGUCGCUGGCCCCCAAGAUCGGUCCCCUGGGCCUGUCCCCCAAGAAGAUUGGUGAGGACAUCGCCAAGGAGACCGCCAAGGACUGGCGGGGCCUGCGCGUGACCGUGAAGCUCGCGGUGCAGAACAGGCAGGCCAAGGUGUCGGUGGUGCCCUCGGCGGCGGCGCUCGUCAUCAAGGCGCUCAAGGAGCCCGUGAGGGACCGCAAGAAGGAGAAGAACAUCAAGCACACCGGCAACAUCACCUUCGAUGACAUCAUCGAGAUCGCGCGCGUGAUGCGGCCCCGCAGCGUCGCCAAGUCUCUGGCGGGCACCUGCAAGGAGAUGCUGGGCACCGCGCAGAGCGUCGGCUGCACCAUCGACCACAUGCACCCGCAGGAGGUCAUGGGCAAGAUCGACAGCGGCGAGCUGGCUGUGCCUGACGCUUAG